AUGUAUCUAUCGAGAUAUGUAUUUCUGUCUGUUGAUUAUCUAUCUAUCUAUCUAUCUAUCUAUCUAUAUCUAUCUAUCUAUCUAUCUAUCUAUAUAUUAGUCUAUAUGUAUUUCUGUCUGUUGAUUAUCUAUCUAUCUAUCUAUCUAUCUAUCUAUCUAUAUAUUAGUCUGUUCGUAUCUAUCUAUGUAUAUAUGUAUUUCUGUCUGUUGAUUAUCUAUCUAUCUAUCUAUCUAUCUAUUAGUCUUCUGUUGAUUAUCUAUCUAUCUAUCUAUCUAUCUAUCUAUCUAUCUAUCUAUCUAUUUUUCUUCGACUCCCUUGUUUAUGACACAAACUCUCUCUCUUUCUCCUCUCUGAGUAUUCCCCUCAUCCUGGCACUUUCUAUGACUUUUUUUCUCCUCUUUCUUUCUCUUGACUUCCUUCUCAACCCCCCCCCCCUGGAUACACGCACAUACUCUCUCUGUCCCUCUCUGUUUGUCUCUCUGUCUUACUCGCUCUUUCUUUCUCUCCGUGAGCGUUUCUCUCUCACUAAGUUAAAGAACGCGCUAUCUCUCUUUCUCUCUCCCUCUCUCUCUCUGAACCUUUCUCUCUCACACUCUUUAUUUCUCUUUCUUUCUCUCUGUCUCUAUCUCUCAGUCUCUUUCUCUCUCUCGGUCUCACUCUCUUUCUCUCUCUUUCCCUCUCUCUGGAUCUUUUUCUCAUUCUCCCUCGUUGAGCCACAAGCUUUUCUCUCUCUCUCCCAGUUGCAUUUCUUUCUCUAUUUUUUUUAUUUCUGUCUUUCUUUCUCUCUGAUGUUUUCUUGUUUACUCCUCUUCUCACCUUGUUUCUUUACCUACUCUUUCUCCCUCUCUCUUUCACUCCUCUCUUUCUCUGUAGAUUUUUUCUCCGCUCCAUGGCACCGUUUCUCUCUUGUACCCCUUUCUUUCCCACUUCUCUUUCUGCCACUCAUUUUAUCCUCUCUUUCUCCCUUUCUGUUUCUCUGGACAUUAUUUUUCUGCUACUUGCCUCUCUUUCACUUCUCCUCUCAUUCCCUCUCUCUCUCUCUCUUUCUAUCCCUCCCCUCUCCCCUUUCUUUACCGCCCUCUGAUUCUAUAGAUAUUAUUUCUCAGCUCCUCGUCUCUCUCUCACUUCCCCUCUUUUCCCACCCUCUUUUUCUCUCCCUUUCUUUUCCCCUCUCUCUUUAUCGCUCUCUAUUUCUAUGGGCAUUAUUUCUCAGCUCCUCGUCUCUCUUUCAUUUCCCCCUCUCUUUCCCUCCUUCACUUUCUUUCCCUUUCUUCUCCCACUCUCUUUACCGCCCUCUCAUUCUAUGGACAUUAUUUCUCUGCUCCUCGUCUCUUUUUCACUUCCCUCCUCUCUGA